AUGGAGCCGGCAAAAGCUGCCCUUGAUGAGGAAAGAGGCAAAAGACAAGAUGUCGAGAAGGCCACCCAAGUGGCGAAUGAGAAGAUUCAUCCAGUUGUCGUAGAGAACCAUCGAGAUGCCGAGAGUAGUCGGGAGUGGAAUCCUCUGCGGAGGAGCUGGAAGAAGAAUGGGGUCUUUUCCCCUUCUUUAAAGUUCAUCGGGGGGGAGGAAACCAUCAUUCUUCAAAAUCGACAUGUCGAGUAUGCUAAGAAUUGGCACGACAUGAGUGCCAGAGAGGUUGAGAAUUGGCAUAGGGGGAGUGCCAAGAUUAUUGACAAGGAGAAGGAGGUCGCCAGCUGUGCCGUCAUGGCACAGGCAUCGGGUCCUCCGACCGCUACAGGGACAAUUGAUACUGUCGCUGCUCCACAGUCUACUGCAAAUUGUGAACAGCUACUAUUAGAGUCUUCACCUGUUGCUCCAGGGCAGCAAAUUAUUGCUAAUAAGAUUGCCGAUAGAAGUAAUGGGGAUACAGCACUGGACUCUUACAAUCGUUAUAAGGAAGAUGUAAAAAUUGUGAAGGAGCUGGGACUAGAUGCCUACAGGUUCUCUAUCUCUUGGCCAAGAAUCCUACCAAAUGGAAGUCUAAGCGGGGGAGUUAACAAUGAGGGUGUCAAGUAUUACAACAACCUCAUCAACGAGCUUAUAUCCAAUGGCUUGAAGCCCUUUGUGACUAUCUUCCAUUGGGACUUGCCUCAAAGCCUAGAAGACCAAUAUGGCGGUUUCUUAAAUUCUCAUAUCAUAAACGACUACCUUGACUUCGCAGAGGUUUGCUUCAAGGAGUUUGGAGACCGUGUCAAGCACUGGAUCACCUUCAACGAGCCACUUAUUUUCUCGACUAUGGGCUAUGCAUCCGGCACCUUAGCACCAGGGCGUUGUACUCCUGGGACUGUUGGCAAUUGCCCCAUUGGGGACUCGAGCAGGGAACCUUAUAUUGUGGGGCAUAACAUCCUGCUUGCCCAUGCUGCUGCAGUGAAGUUAUACAGAAAUAAAUAUCAGGGGUCUCAGAUGGGCAAAAUAGGUAUAACCCUGGCUACUCAGUGGUAUGAGCCAAUGUAUGGUACCAAGUCUAAUUAUGAUGCGGUAGAGCGAGCUCUAGAUUUCUCAUAUGGAUGGUUCAUGGACCCCUUAACUCAAGGUGAUUACCCUUUCAGCAUGAGGGCGCUUGUUGGAGAUCGGUUACCCAAGUUCACUAAAGAGCAAUCAGCAUUGGUUAAAGGAUCAUUCGAUUUUGUUGGCCUUAAUUACUACACAGCAAGCUACGUAUAUAGCGCUCCGAUAUCUAACGGUGCCACCAAAAAUUACUACGCAGAUUCCUACACUAACACGACUGGAGUACGUGAUGGAAUCCCCAUUGGUCCGGCGGUAAUUUGGCUCUUCAUCUACCCAAAAGGAAUAAGAGAUAUCUUGCUGUACACGAAGACCAAGUACAACAACCCAGUCAUCUACAUCACCGAGAAUGGGGUCGCAGAGGCCAACAAUGAAACGUUAUCACUCCAGGAAGCGCUCAAGGAUGAUACGAGGAUAUACUACUACCGUAAGCAUCUGCUAUACGUACAAAAAGCUAUUAGGGGUGGAGUAGAUGUUAGAGGAUACUUUGCGUGGACUUUGUUGGAUGACUUCGAGUGGAACUCCGGCUACACAAUUCGGUUUGGCAUCCACUAUGUGGACUACAAAGAUGGCUUGAAGAGAUACCCCAAGAAAUCCGCCUAUUGGUUUCGCAAGUUCCUCAAAAGAACAUAGAAUUGUCCAUGGUUACAUAAAUCCUAUUUCAUAUUGUUGUCUUUUUCCUCAUUAGGAGUGCCAUAAGAUCAUUGAUGCUGCAACAAAGUGUAUGCUGGGUUUCUCCAUCUUGAAAGAUGUCAAUGUUUGCUGUUCAAUAAACUAAUUUAAGCAUGAGAGCGUUUGAAAUAAAACCGUCUU